AUGACCAGGUCCGACCAUUACCUCUCCCUUUGCCUCUCGCAGGCCGCGCUCUCGCCACUCCGCUACCGCCACGGUUGCAUCAUCGUCCGCGGCGGCAAGGUCAUCGGCACUGGCCACAACGACUACCGCCCGGGCUACAACGGCGGCACAGCCCUCAAGACGGGCGCCUUGCCCAAGAGGCAGCAGCAGCAGCACCGCCCUACCAGCCAUCCCCCCAAGCGAAAGCCCAAGCACGGCAUCAAGCAUGACCACCAUCCCUUGACGUCGCCGCCGUCGUCCAUUCCACAGCAGCAGCAGCAGAAGCAGCAGCGAUUCACCACCCGCAACAACGGUUUCACGCCAUUCGAGGAAGUGAGCGGCGGUUACGGAAACGCACCGUUCAGCAUGCACUCGGAGAUGAUGGCGGUGAUGGACGCAGCGAGACGACUGUGCCGCGACGCGCCGACGCGCAGGGCGCUGGAGGGCGAAAAAGUACCGCGCACCAAGGCACCGCGUCCUGGUGCGGGCAAAAAACGAAGCAGUGGCGGGAUGCGUCUCUCGCGCGGCGUCGAGCGUGGGGGGUUCAAGUUCAAUGGGGCAGUGGGGGAGGGUGGGGAUGGCGGGGGUGGGCGGGGGGGGUGGAAGGGGGGUCAGGGGCGAGUGGCGUCUGAUGAGCCUGGGCAUGGGAAGGGCGAUGCCGCUGAGAGUAAGGGGAAGGGAAUAACGGGCAAGACUACUACUAACAAUAAGCCGGAGCUGAGUGCAACAAAAUUGGGUGGAACGCAUUCAAACAAGCGCACUACUGCCACCUCCCUAAACCAGCCCGCGGGCCUCAAACGCCAUGCCGUUCUUCUCUCAAAGAGCCAGACCGGCAUUGCUGCGUCCCCUUCCUUCACGGUCCGAGACCGCAUGAAGCACCGUUGUCUCGUCGGCGCGGACUUGUACGUCGCACGCCUCGGUAACCACCCUGCGUCGCUUCCCGCUUCGUCCAUGAAGCUCGGGAGCCUUUCUGAGGAGCCUUUGAUUUGUGUAGAGGAGGAGGAAGAGGAUGAGGUCGAGCUUGCGCGACCGCUACGGACGGGUUCGUUGCAUGAUGAGUUGACGAACAAGACUACAACGAUAUCGACAACGGCAGAGAAAGCGCAGAGGGAAGCGUCACUCGACAGACGCAACGUGGUGGCAUCGAAGCCGUGCUAUAGAUGCGUGAACUUCAUGCACAAUGCCGGUAUCAAGCGGGUGUUCUGGACGAACGAUGAAGGAAGGUGGGAGGGGGCGAAGGUGAGGGAUUUGGUUGAUCAGUUGGACGGGGUGGAAUGCCAGAAUGGUUGUACGGGUGAAGAGGAGAGUGGCGGUGGGGUUUAUGUCACGAGGCACGAAGUGCUUAGGUUGAGGAGGAUGCUUGGGGAACAUUGA